CCUCCUCCUCCCAUUUCCUGUCUCAUGAGGGUGACGAAAGUGGUAGAGGAACAACAUAAGUUGAGCAGAAUUCAGUUUGAACACUUUAUUAAAUAGACAGGACAACAGAUAGCUGCAGUUUCCUUUCAUCUUCUGUACAGCGUGACUGAGGCAGAACAUCUUUACCUUUGAGGAGCCAACACAAGUUUAUUCAAGAUGAAUGUGUCUGAGACAAUGGAGACAGAAGAAGAUCUUUUGACUUGCCUCCACAUAAAGUUCUACCACCCUGAGCAGCACACAAAAGGUUUUUACAGUUUGCUCCAUCUGGGCAACAGAAGCAAACAUUCUGCAGAUGAGCCUCUCCGUUUAGGACGAGAUGCCCAGGUUUGCACCUUUUCUCUGGUUGACCGCCGGGUGUCCCGCAAGCAGCUGGCCCUCUACGCCUACCGCACAGCUGACAGCCCAGACAUGCUAUUCACCCUUCAGAACUUAUCUCAGAUCGCAAAAAUGUACGUUAAUAGCUCUGCGCUGGACUUCUUGGAGAGGGUGGAUCUCCCGAGUAAGGCCCUGGUCCGGUUCGGGCAGUAUGAGAUGCUGAUAGUCAGGGAGGCUGGUGAGGCCAAAGUGAGCUUUGAGGUGGAGUUGGACGUCCUGUCAGCACCUCCAUCGAGGGAGACUUGUGCAUGUGAAUCAGACACCGUGCCCGUCAUGGACACAGGCUCCCAGCUGACACCAAAACCAGAAAUCCAAGAUCCUUUGGAGACAGAUGAGACAGAGGAGUGUCAUUCACUCAAUACUCCACCCUGUAUGUGACUUUAUCAUUUAGCCACUUAACCGGGCUCCUUGUACCAACCUUGUUAGGUUUGAACACUUAGUUCACUUAGAAUAAGACAAAUUAAAAACCGACAGCAUCACUGAACUGUCCAUCUUUACUUCACGCAAGUGACAAAGAGUGGUACUUCUUUUAAAUAGGCAUCUUGUCAAAAUUUGAAAUGUGAAAAAUCAAAAAGCUGCAUUGUCAAUAAAUAAGUA